AUGACAAUUGAAGACUUGAGAACGGCCGCGACGGCCAAGAUGUCUCCUGUUGUGUCCGCAUAUUACAACGGUGGUUCCAUGCAAAUGAUAACAUUGAGGGAAAACCAGGCCGCCUUCGACCGGUUCAAGAUCCGACCACGCAUCCUUACCGAUGUUUCUGUUAUCGACACAACAACGACGAUCCUCGGGUCAAAGACAUCGGUCCCCUUUGGCUUCGCGCCGUCCGCCAUGCACUGUCUUGCGCAUCCAGAUGGCGAACGAGCAACCUCCCGAGCGGCAGCAAAGAAGCGAGUGCCCAUGGCACUCUCGACGUACUCGACCGUGUCGUUGGAAGAUGUGCGCAUGGAAGGCAGCGCCGGCGACAACCCGUAUGCCUUUCAGCUUAGCAUUGUCAAAGACCGAAGCACAACGUUGUCGUGGAUCAAGAGAGCCGAGACCGCCGGCUACAGGGCGCUUUUUAUUACCGUCGAUGCGCCGGUCCUGGGCCGUCGCCUGAAUGAGAAGUCGGGCAAGAAGUUUGAGCUGCCCGAGCACCUCUCUCUCCCGAAUCUGGCCCCGCCACCGUCGGCCGACGGCACUCCCACCAAGGCCCGAUCUUACCACACCAACGGCCGCGAUGCGAGCGUUUCGUGGCGGUCGGCCAUUCCCUGGGUGAAGCAAAAUACAAAGCUCGAGAUUUGGCUAAAGGGAGUGUACACACCGGCUGAUGUUCAGCUGGCCAUUCAGUACGGGCUCAAUGGAGUCAUCAUCUCUAACCAUGGCGGUCGGCAGCUUGACGGUGUACCAGCCACAAUUGACGCGCUCGCAGAGUGCGCUCCUGUCGCACGAGGACGUAUCAAGAUUGGCAUUGACGGCGGCAUCUAUCGCGGCACCGAUAUUUUCAAAGCACUCGCUUUGGGUGCCGAUUUCUGCUUCCUUGGAAGAGUGCCCUUAUGGGGUCUUGCAUACGGUGGCCAAGAGGGCGUGGAGCGUGCCGUUGACAUCCUCGAAGAUGAAUUAAGAUUGGCGAUGGCGCUUGCAGGAUGCCCUUCUAUUAAGGACAUUACCAAAGACCACCUGUCUGUGCUGGGGGUCAACGGCCUACUUUGCAAGCUAUGA